UUCCGGCCGGCCCGCGGCGGCAGCUCCGUCAGGCGGCCGGUUUCCUCUGGCCGGGCCCGCGAGCGCCGUCUUUCCGUGUCCGGGGCCGGCGGCCGCGUCCGAGUGUCCGCGCUCAGGGCUCCUGGCCGCUAGCACCGCGCCCUCGCGGGCUGCGUGUCGCUGCUGCCAGACGCGGGUCAGUCCGCGGCUUCUGAGGGACCGGGGUCGCGGCCCGGCUCCCACCCGUCUCCCAACCCCUGCCCCCGCCCCGCCCCCGAGGCCCGCUCAUCGGGCGCUCGACGCUCGGUCGCGCGGCCGAUCGACGGCCUCGGCGCUCCGACGGCGGAAGUGCGGGUGCGGGCCGCCGCGGCGCGGGGUCCUGUUCUGCGGGCCUGCAGGUCAUUUCUGUAGUGCGACCUCGUUUCGUCAACAAGCACAAUGUCUCGAUCCCGACAGCCCCCUCUUGUGACAGGCAUCUCUCCGAAUGAAGGCAUCCCGUGGACGAAGGUCACGAUUCGAGGAGAAAACCUGGGGACGGGGCCAGCGGACCUCAUAGGUCUGACAAUCUGUGGGCAUAAUUGCCUCCUGACAGCAGAGUGGAUGUCUGCAAGUAAAAUCGUGUGUCGAGUGGGACAGGCCAAGAAUGACAAAGGGGACAUCAUCGUCACGACCAAGUCGGGUGGCAGAGGAACCUCCACGGUAUCUUUCAAGCUGCUCAGACCUGAGAAGAUAGGCAUUUUGGAUCAGUCCGCUGUGUGGGUUGAUGAGAUGAAUUACUAUGACAUGCGCACCGACAGGAAUAAAGGGAUUCCUCCCUUGUCCCUGCGUCCUGCCAACCCACUCGGCAUCGAGAUUGAAAAAGGUAAAUUUCCCCAGAAGGACUUAGAAACGCUGUUCCCUGGAAUGAGUGCUGACUUUACAAGUGAGAACUUCUCCGCUGCCUGGUACCUGAUUGAGAACCACUCCAGCGCGAGUUUUGAACAACUCAAAAUGGCGAUCGCCCACCUGAAGAGACAGGCUAACAAGAAGAGCGAGGGCAGCCUGGCGUACGUGAAAGGGGGGCUCAGCACUUUCUUUGAGGCACAGGACGCCCUCUCAGCUAUCCAUCAAAAACUAGAAGCAGAUGGAACAGAAAAAGUAGAAGGGUCCAUGACACAGAAACUGGAGAAUGUUCUGAACAGAGCAAGUAACACUGCAGAUACAUUAUUUCAAGAAGUCUUAGGUCGAAAGGACAAGGCAGAUUCCACUAGAAAUGCACUCAAUGUGCUGCAGCGAUUCAAGUUUCUUUUCAACCUCCCCCUAAACAUCGAGAGGAACACCCAGAAGGGUGAUUAUGAUGUGGUUAUUAAUGAUUAUGAAAAGGCCAAGUCACUUUUUGGGAAAACAGAGGUGCAAGUUUUCAAGAAAUAUUAUGCUGAAGUAGAAACACGGAUUGAAGCCUUAAGAGAAUUGCUUCUGGAGAAGCUGCUUGAAACCCCGUCGACUUUGCAUGACCAGAAACGCUAUAUAAGGCACCUGUCCGACCUCCACGCGCCUGGCGACCCUGCGUGGCAGUGCAUCGGGGCCCAGCACCGGUGGAUCCUCCAGCUCAUGCACAGCUGCCGGGAGGGCUGUGUGCGGGACCUCAAAGGGCCCCCGGGCCUUCACGGCACCUCACUGGACCUCGACGCCGAGUUGCGUGCCUCUGCGCCCAGUCACCUUGGGCAGACAGCGUCGCUGAAGAGGGGCAGCAGCUUCCAGCCUGGUCGGGAUGACGCAUGGAGAUGCAAGACCCCUCAUCGGGUGGCAUUUGUUGAAAAAUUGACCAAGCUUGUUUUAAGUCAGCUGCCCAACUUCUGGAAACUCUGGAUUUCAUAUGUCAAUGGAAGCCUUUUCAGCGAGACCGCUGAGAAGUCAGGCCACAUUGAGAGAUCAAAGAAUGUAAGGCAAAGACAAAAUGAUUUUAAGAAAAUGAUCCAGGAAGUCAUGCAGUGUCUGGUGAAGCUGGUCCGCGGGGCCCUGCUCCCGCUCGGCGCGGCGGAGGGCGGCGGGCGGCAGCACGGAGGCUGGGAGGCGAAGGCUGAGCUCCCUGGACAGUGGCUGGCCCACACCAUCCAGACCCUCAGGCUGACGUAUGACUCGCUGGCCGCCCUUGAGAUCCCUAGUGACCUGCUGCAGACCAUCCAGGACCUCGUCUUGGACCUCCGAGUGCGCUGCGUGGUGGUCACGCUGCAGCACACAGCCGAAGACAUAAAGAGGUUGGCUGAAAAGGAAGACUGGGUUGUCGACAGCGAAGGCCUGACGUCUCUACCCUGCCGGUUCGAGCGCUGUGUGCUGCUGUCCCUGCAGUCGCUGCGUGGCGUCCUGGAGUGCAAGCCCGGAGAGGCCAGCGUCUUCCAGCACCCUAAAACCCAGGAAGAGGUUUGCCAGCUGAGCAUCAAUAUCAUGCAGGGUUUCCUGUACUGCCUGGAGCAGCUGAGCACCAAGCCCGACGCCGAUGUAGACACUGCACAUCUCUCCGUUGACGUUUCUUCUCCUGAUUUGUUUGGAAGCAUCCAUGAAGACUUCGGUCUGACUUCUGAACAGCGACUUUUGAUAGUCCUGAGUAAUUGCUGCUACCUGGAACGUUACACCUUCCUAAACAUAGCAGAACAGUUUGAAAAACACAACUUCCAGGGCAUAGAAAGAAUAACACAGGUCCUUGCAGGGCUAGAGCUGGGCUAUUACCCACCCAGGCUUCCCAAAACUGAGGGAAGGAAAGGAGAGAAAGGCUUCCAGAGGCACCUCAGAUGCGGCUCCUUUCAGGUGAGCAUGGCCUCACUCAAAGAUCUGGACCAGAGGCUGUUUGAAAGCUACAUUGAGCUGAAGGCAGACCCCAUCGUGGGCUCCUUGGAACCUGGCAUUUACGCUGGCUACUUCGACUGGAGGGACUGCCUGCCCCCGACAGGUGUCAGAAACUACUUGAAAGAAGCGUUGGUGAAUAUAAUCGCCGUGCACGCAGAGGUGUUCACUGUCUCCAAGGACCUGGUGCCCCGGGUGCUGUCCAGGGUGGUGGAGGCAGUCUCUGAGGAGCUGAGCCGGCUCAUGCAGUGCGUCUCGUCCUUCAGCAGAAACGGGGCUUUGCAGGCCAGGCUUGAAAUCUGCACCCUGCGGGACACUGUAGCGGCCCACCUGACGCUGGAAAGCAGAUCCAGUUUCAAGCAGGCCCUGGAAGCCCUGCCCCAGCUCUCAAGCGGAGCCGACAGAAAGCUGCUGGAGGAGCUUCUGAGCCGGGUCAAGAGCGGCAUGCAUCUGCAGCUGGCCUGCUUCCAGGCUGCCCCCCCGCCCGCCGUGAAGAUAUAGAGCCUCCAGGUCAUGCUCCGCUGAGCGCCCACAGGUGUCUGCAUGGAAGCUCAGGCUGCCCCCCUCUCUCUCUCCUUUCCCCUUAUUGGGGAGCUUAGAAAGAUGUUGGUGUAUGUGUUAUUUCAACCAAAUUGACCUGAUUUAAAAUGCCCAGGAAGUAUUUGCUUUGCUAUUCUUAUUACCCUAGGUCUUGUAUGCCACCUGCAAUGCAGGAGACCUGGGUUUGAUCCCUGGGUUGGGAAGAUCCCCUGGAGAAAGGAAAGGCUACUCACCCCUUUUCUGGCCUGGAGAAUUCUAUGGACUGCACAGUGCAUGGAGUAGCAAAGAGUCAGACACGACUGAGCGACUUUCACAGUGUGACUUUAAAAUACCUUUCUAAAAAUUAGGGAGCAUCUCAAAGCUACUUGCUGCAUGGUGAAGGCUACAGAAGGCAGGGCAGCUCAGACCCAGGGCUUCUUCCCGGGUUUCCUGCAGCUCCCAGGACACCUUGGGAGGGGAUGCGUGGGUUAGCAGAAAGUCACACAUGAACACCUGGAGCCGCCCUGAACUGUGCAGCUGUGUGAAAGCCUUCAUUUCACGCCGAUGGCUCUAGCGCUCCUGAUCCAAGUGGACUUUCAGAAAAGCGGGCGGCCCGCCUACCAAGGUGUUACGUUGGGGAGGUUACUUGUGGGCCUCGGUUCCAGAGUUGACUCACUGCCUGGCUUCUGUGUUCACAGCACUCACGUCGUCAGGCCUUUUCUGUGUGACUCGCCCUGAACCUGACAUGGGCCUCCUGCCCCCGCAACCCCUGCACACGUGAGGGGCUGCGGUCAGUGUCUCCUCCAGAACCGGGUACCCUGCCGCCCACCCGCACUUCUCUGGCCUCUGCAGUGUGCUGCCCGCUGGCUCUGGCCUCUGCAGUGUGCUGCCCGCUGGCUCUGGCCUCUGCAGUGUGCUGCCUGCUAGCUCAGGGUCUCUGCUCUGGUGGUGUCUCUGUCACCAGGCACGGGAGCCACCAGUGACGCUGUCACCAGAACAGGUCAGGCCGCCAUGUCCUCCUGCAGACUCGGCUUCCCUGGCCUGCCUUCGUCACACCAUUUGCUUCAGAAAACUGAAUCAGGUUUUAGGUUGUUCCCCAGUGCCACAGGCCCGUUUUCUAUGCUGGUGUUAGUGUAUUCGUGCAGGGAGCUCUGAGGUCCUCCGUGGCCAUGUGCUGUGUCCAUCAUUUGGAGUUAGUCUUGUGCUUGUUUCUUUGGUGUCAGGACAAAACCUAUGAAGAAAUACACUGAAGGUGGGGCUCUCCUAGGCAUGUUCAUGCCUAUACCCUCUGUGGCUGUAACUCAGAGCAGAGCCACAGUCCUGAACAUCUGCCUUAUUUUAAGUGGAUGACGAAGACCCUUCAGUCAAUAAAGAAUGUGUCUUUAGUACAAGACAUAAUUGGUAUUUUUUUUACUUCAGCAGUUUCGUUUGCUAUGUGAUUCUUCUGUGUGUCUGAUUCUAACGCCCAAAUAAAGACUUAAGUCCCGGUUUA